AUGGAGAGCGACGGCGAUGGCCAGCCGCAGAAGAAGCGGAGGGUUACGCGAGCCUGCGACCAGUGCCGCCGCAAGCGAAUCAAGUGCGACUCCUAUCCUCGCGCAGCCAUCGACUCGCCUUGCGUGAUCUGCACCGAAGCAGGCCAAGCGGACCAAUGCACGUACUCGCGACCAGCGAAGAAGCGUGGGCCUCAGGCAGGACGGGCGCGAACGCUGGAGGAGAAGUGUGCGGUGUUCGAACGGUUGAUGGGCUACCUCCUUGCCGCCGUUCCGAACCUUGAAGCGCACGUCUCGCACUUCAUCGCGCAAGCGCAAGGAGGAGCAACGAGUCCCUCAUCAUCGACGCCUGGAGACGAUUCUCCCGCCGCCUCGACCUCCUCCUCCGUUUCUUCCGCCGCCCUCGCGGCGCAGAAUCAGCAGCGGUACACGUCCUCACGGAUCGCCGAACUUCUCGACUCGGUCCUCCCGCCCCCCAUUUCCGCUCGCGAAGCCGCAAAGCAGGGCAAGAGGGAGUCGUCUUCAGCAGCAAAGGAUGAAGACCUCGCUCCUUCCCUUGCGAGCAUCAAAUACCCUUCUCCUGCCGCCAGCCUGCCUCUCCCACCAGUCGCGGGCUUCCCAUACCCUCCGGCAUUCCCUCAACCGCCCGAACUGCCCGACCCGUUCUCGUAUGCCGCACACGCCGGUCCAUCGAAUUUCCCGCUCGCACUACAGACGCUCGCUGAUGCGGCGGUUCCGGAGGCGGCGGCUGCGUCUGCGUUCGCUGGCGGCGGAGGAAAGGGCAAGGGUCGAGAGGUCCUGGCGAUGGACGACCCGGUGCUACCAGAUGGCGUUGCGAGGUCUGCGCUGCUCGAAUUGUACUUCAACCAGGUUGUGCAACCUGUCUUGCCGAUGCUGGACAAGUCCCGCUUCCUUCGCUGGUCGGCUCACCUUCCCGCCUCUCAGCCAUCAACGUCAUCCGCAUCGCUCAUCCCGCCCUCGCUCUACUACGCCGUCUUCGCCCUCGCUUCCUCUUACAUCUCUCCCUCAUCGCCUUUCGCCUCCUCCCUCCCUCCAAGCGCUCCCGAGAGUUACGCCUGCGCUGCGCGAACGCAUCUCGUGCGAGACGUCUUUCUCGACGGAUCGGGCGGUCUGAGUGUGGAGAAUUUGCAGAGUGCGGCGAUUCUUGCGCUGGUUGAUUGGGGAGCGGGACAGCUUGAUCGGGCUUGGAUGAUGAGCGCCCUCGCCCUCUCGCUCGCCCUCUCCCAGUCUCUCCACCUCUCCACCGCCCUCGCACCCGAUCCCUCCUCCUACAAACUCAAGACCUUCCACUCAAUCCUCAUCAUCCACGUCCUCCUCUCUCUCCGCCUAGGUCGACCGCCCCUCACAGUCCUCGAAGACUACGACGUCCCGAUUCCUCCAGUCGACGAUGAAGCGAUCAACUGGGAUUUGUGGCGGAGCGACAAGUCUGCUGCCGAGUUGCGUGCAGAAUGGGGCGAUGCGGAUUCCGCCAGCGACGGGGCAGACGGCGGACCCGUCACCGCCGUGCGGAACAACUCGCUCGUGACUUUCGCUCGACUCGCCUCGCUUUGCGCUAUCGCCCUCAACGUCCUGCGGUGGAACGUCUGUCCGCGCAGAGGGAACGGUCAGGGAUUGCCAGCGGGUGAGGCGGAGCGUGCAGAGCUUGUGGCGAGUUUGGGGGCGUGGGAGGAGCAGUUGGAGAUGGAUCUCAGGCUCGGGGACGCGAGAGGCGGGGUCGAGUUGGUGCGCGAGAGGGCGAGGUGGAUCGUUGAGAUGCAUCUUGUUGCGGCGGCGCUGCAUCUCAAGCUGAGGCCUCAUCCUUCCUUCGCCAGCGUUGCAGUCGACCCCAUCCCACGCUCUCUCGGCCUCCUCAACCACGUCCUAGGUCGAUACCGCUCCACCUUCACCCUCUACCGCUCGAUUCCCAGCAUCGACAUCGUCCUGCACCUCUUUUCCGAAACGCUGUUCGACCAGUCCGACUACGCUCCACAUCAUCACGACACCGUCCUCCGAGCGUACGCGGAACUCGCCAAGGUCUUCCCCGUCGCGCAGAAGAGUUGGGUCGAGUUGGCCGCCAAAGUGGACGGUCACAAGCGCGAACUUGGCUUGUUGCGCGGCGUUCACCCUACAACAUCCAUCCAGCCUCCGCCUCCCGCCCUUCCCGCACCCGCACCUAUCGCAGAACCCUUCCAAGCCUUCCUCUCGUACUCGAACGACCUCGGCCCGUCCGCGAACCCUUCGACCAUCCUUGACUUUGGCUCGUGGGACCAAUCCGACUUGCUCGUCUCGCUUGGUCUCGUCGGACCAGCGGCGGGAUCGAAGGGUACCUGGACGCCGCUCGAGGGAUGGGGAGGGCCAGAGGGCGGGCUGCCCGUGCCGAUGCCCAUCGAGGGCGCAGUCGGGUACGGCGAGCAUUCGCAGCAGCCUGGCCAGGGCCUCGCUCCGCAACCUGCGACGCUUCCGCCUCCGCCUGCGAAGCAAGCUGCAACGAGCUCGUCGUUCCCAAUGGUCGUCUCGCCCGCUUCGACCGCUCAUCCCGGCAACUCCACCGCGUACGGCGAGACCUCCUUCGCCGGCCUGCCUUACAACAUGCCCUCCCCAGCCGGCGGUCAAGCCGAUCCCUCCGCCUCUACCUUCCCCUACCAAGCCUUCGCGGCCGCCAACACGCCUUCGUCGUCCGACUCUGGCGGCCCUGCGACGGAUCUGUUGACGAGGUGGGUUGAUCGCGGGUCAUUGGGUUUCGGUGGAGCGUUUGAGGUGGCGGGAGAGGGAGGAGCGGGGUAG